AUGGAGAUUAGCGCACCUACAAAACGCGAUCUAAGCUUUGAACAAGUUUGGCCCUUUCUGCAAGAAGCCAUCAACAAGGUCAUUGACAAUCUGGAAGGAGUUGACAAACGCGAGUUUACAUCUGAAGAAUAUAUGCAGGUCUACACAACGGUUUAUAACGCAUGUUGCCCUAAUCCAGUUGGUCCAGAAGCUGAAAAACUGUAUGAUCACUAUAGAAAGACUUUUGAAGAUUACAUUUCUUCCAAGGUAUUGCCAUCUCUAAGGGGAAAGAACGACGAAAAUUUGUUACGAGAAUUGCUGAGAAGAUGGAACAAUCACAAGACUAUGGUCAAAUGGCUUUCAAGGUUCUUUCAUUACCUUCAGAGAUACUUCAUUGGUAAGAAGAGGCUGCCUUCACUUGAAGGAACAGGCCACUUAGCAUUCUAUAAUCUGGUUUACUCGGAGAUCAACAAUGAAGUUAGAGAUACCAUUCUAUCAUUGAUUGACAAAGAACGCAAGGGGGAACAGAUAGACCAGGCCAUGGUGAAGUCAGUCCUCGAUAUUUACUUGGAGAUUGGCGAGAAUUCUACGAAGUACUAUGCAAAAGACUUUGAAGAAUCAAUGAUCAAAGACACGACUACGUUCUAUUCACAGAACGCCUUAAACUGGAUUGAAACUGAGUCCUAUGAGAAUUACAUGGUUAAGGUUGAGGAAUGCUUAGAACAAGAGAAAGCCAGAACUUCAAGUUACUUGAAUUACAGAAGUAAAUUCAAAUUAUUAGAGGUUGUACAACAUGAAUUGCUUAAUGUACAUGCAGUCAAACUAGAAGAGAAGAAACACAUUACUGAGACAGCUGCAUAA